AUGCAGACUGCUUCUACAAACAUUUGUAAAAGACUGUGCAAUAAGUCCAUCCAUGAAAUUUCCUUGCUACUAAAUAUUCCACAGUCAACUGUUGGUGGUAUUAUAACACAAUGGAAGCAACUGGGAGCAACAGCAACUCCGCCACAAAGCGGUAGGCCAGGUAAAAUGACAGAGCAGGGUCAGCACAUGCUGAAGCACAGAAGUUGCCAACUGUUUACAGAUUCAAUAGCUAAAGACCUCCAAACUUCGUGUGGCCUUCAGAUUGGCACAACAGUGCAUAGAGAGCUUCAUGGAAUGGGUUUCCAUGGCUGAGCAGCUGCAUCCAAGCCUUCUAUCACUUAGCGCAAUGCAAAGCGUCGGAUGCAGUGGUGUAAAGCAUGCCACCACUGGACUAUAG